AUGACAUUUGUUAUAUCAAAAUCAAUCAUUCUUUUAACAAUAAUCCUUCAAUUUAUAGCAACUGCAUUAUUAGCUUUCCUAUUAUUAAGUUGCAUAGAUACUUCAUCAAACUAUUCAAAUGUUUAUUUAAUUGAUUAUAAAUUUAAUUCAUCAUCAUCUUUAUAUCAACAUUUAACAAUAAAAUCAAAUUCAACCACAUUAAAUGAUUUAGAUGAUAUUUCAAUUAAAGUAGGUUAUUUAGGUGUUUGUUUAUCAAUAAAAGAUGAUUUAAAAUGUACUACAUACAAGACACUUAAUUCAAUACCUUCAUAUACUUUAAAUUUUUUAUCAAAUCAAUUUAAUUUAUUACAAAUUGCUCAAACUUUUGAAACAAUUAUUCAUCCUCAUUUAUUAAUGUCAUGUAUAUUUUUAACAUUAGCAUGUUUAUUAAUAUUAUGUUAUAUAUUACUUCCAUUACCAGGUAGGAUAAUUAUGAAUAAAAUUGGAUUAUUUAUUAGUUUUAUAAAUUUAAUGUUAUGGGGACUUGGUUCAAUGUUACAAGUUCAACUGUGUAAAACUGCUAUAAAUUUAUUAAGUGAUUCAAGUUUUGGAUUAAUUCUGAGUAAAAUUGGUACAAGAGCUGAAAUUAUGACUUGGAUUGCUUUUAGUUUUAAUUUUGUUGUCUUUUUGUGUAUGUUGUUGCUGAAUUGGAUUGAUUUUAGAGCUAGGAAAGUAGUUACAUCUAUGGGUAAAGUUUAG